AUGGCACCUAGACUCCCUCCUCCGCCUCAACCUACUGAACCGGAUGCGUCUAACAACGCUAGGUUGUUGGAAACGUUGAUCGACCGACUGCAGCAACAGAAUACGACCUUGAUGGAGCAGAAUGCAACUCUGAUGCAGCAGAAUCAGAAUGCCAUGCAGAGUUUGGAGGCUUCACGUGCCAACUCGGAAACGACUCAGCGUCAGUUGAUGGAAAUCCUGGCGGCAACCAGAGGAACGUCGGGAGCUUCCUCUUCCAACGCUGCCCAGCCUGCUGCUGAGUGGAGUUUGGAGAGUUUUCUCCAGCAUCAUCCGGCUAAGUUUAAUGGUAAGGGCCUCCCUGACGAGGCAGACCAGUGGCUCAGGGACAUGGAAAAGAUUUUCAACGCCAAGAGAUGUCCGGAUGAAAACAGGUUGGCGUACGCGGAAUAUUUAUUGACUGGAGAGGCGAACCACUGGUGGGCGAGCGCGAGGGCUAUCUUGGCGGAUGCGCACCAACCGAUCACUUGGGAAGUCUUCAGAAGCAAGUUUUACGAAGAAUACUUCCCCGACAGCGUCCGUUUUGCCAAGGAGGUUGAACUUCUGCAACUCGUCCAAGGUGGAAUGUCCGUUUCUGAGUAUACGAACAAGUUCAAACACUUGGUUCGUUUCAAUACGAUGGCCACCAGUGGAGAGUGGCAGUGCAGGAAGUUUGAGAACGGACUGCGGAGCGACUUGAAGGUUUUAAUCUCCAGCCUUUGUAUACGAACGUUUCCUGCCAUGGUCGAGAAAGCCAAAGUGUUGGAGAAGAAUAUGACGGAAGCUGAAAGACAGAAGAAACAGCAACAAGUGAGUAGGGGACCUAUAGUGUCCCGGGGAGGUACCGUUCCGAGAAGGACACCUUACACUCGUCCUAGUCAGCCAUCUAGCACGAGCAGUUCUCAAGCUUUAGUUCCUGCUGGACAAGCUGGGCAGUACGGGAACGUUACUUGUUUCCAGUGUGGAGGACCACACUACCGUUCGUCAUGUCCUCAGUUGGUGGGAGGAAAAUACUGUAACCGGUGUGGACGAAAUGGGCACUUGGCGAACGAGUGCAACGUGAGUGGGCGAGCGGUGAUGAGACCACCGAACGCUGGAAGGAAUCGGCAAAGGAGAGGUGGACGAGCCCAAGCUGUUGGGCGUGUGUAUGCGAUAACUGGAGCGGAGGCGGCUGGCUCAGGUACACUCGUCAUCAGUACAUGCUUAGUAUAUGGUAAAUCUUGUUGCGUGCUGUUUGAUUCGGGAGCAACACAUUCCUUCAUCUCGAAGGCGUGCGUUGGCAAACUGGGAUUAGAGGUGAGUGAGAUGCAGUUCGAUCUGGUGGUGUCUACCCCAGCGACUAGAGAGGUUAGGACGUCCACUAUGUGCGUCCAAUGUCCUAUAGAAGUAGAAGAGCGCAAGUAUAAAGUAAACCUCAUCUGCCUACCUCUUCAAGGGUUGGAGGUGAUUUUAGGAAUGGAUUGGUUGGCUACCAAUCACAUUCUCUUAGAUUGUGGGAAGAAGGAGUUGAUAUUUCCGAAUGAAGAGGAUGAAGAAUUAACGGUAACGCUCGGUCAGUUAAAGGAGGAUAUAAUGGAAAGUGCGAGCUGUUUCCUAAUCAUGACGCAUGAAGACCAAGAGCUUGGAGGUUUGAGGCAAGAACGAACGUUCGUUGUUGACAGCAACGAGCGAAUGGUUUUGGAUGAGUUUCCGGACGUCUUCCCUGAAGAAAUACCUGGACUACCUCCGACUCGUGAAGUUGAAUUCACCAUUGAUUUGGUGACGACAGCUGCACCCAUCUCUGUUCAACCGUACCGUAUGGCGCCUGCAGAGUUGGUUGAACUUAAGAAGCAGAUAGAAGAACUGAUGGACAAGCAAUUCAUCAGGCCGAGCGUAUCACCUUGGGGAGCGCCUGUGCUCUUAGUGAAAAAGAAGGAUGGGAGCUCUCGGUUAUGUAUAGACUACCGGCAAUUGAACAAGCUGACCAUCAAAAAUAAGUACCCGUUGCCAAGGAUAGACGAUUUGUUGGAUCAACUACAUGGGGCAACGGUAUUUUCAAAGAUUGACUUGCGUUCGGGAUAUCACCAGAUUAGGGUGAGGGAGGACGACAUCCAGAAGACAGCGUUCAGGUCUCGUUAUGGACACUACGAGUAUGUAGUGAUGCCAUUUGGAGUGACGAACGCUCCUGCAGUGUUCAUGGAUUAUAUGAAUCGUAUCUUCAGGCCGUACCUGGACAGGUUCGUAGUCGUUUUCAUAGAUGAUAUUCUCAUCUACUCCAAGACGCAAGACGAACACGAAGAACACUUGAGGGCAGUACUAUUAGUGUUGAGGGAGAAGGAAUUAUAUGCAAAGUUGUCCAAGUGUGAAUUUUGGAUGAAGGAGGUACAGUUUUUUGGGCAUGUAGUGUCGGUUGGAGGUAUUUCAGUGGAUCCUGCUAAGGUACGAGCGGUUUUGGACUGGGAGAGUCCUCGUUCAGUCACUGAGGUUCGUAGUUUUGUGGGGCUCGCGGGCUACUAUAGGCGUUUUAUCGAGGGGUUUGCUAGAAUAGUAGCUCCGCUUACUCAGUUGACCAGGAAGGAUCGACCGUUCGCCUGGACUGAUCUGUGUGAGGAGCGUUUCCAGGAGCUAAAAGUGAAAUUGACGAGCGCUCCAGUGUUGAUCAUACCUGACACGUCCAAGCCCUUUGAAGUAUACUGCGACGCGUCUCAUCAAGGGUUGGGCUUCUUCAGUGAUCACAAGAGCCUCAAGUACUUAUUUGACCAGAAGGAGCUGAAUAUGAGGCAGAGGCGUUGGUUGGAGUUUUUGAAAGACUAUGAGUUUGAGCUACUCUAUCAUCUCGGAAAGGCGAACGUGGUGGCGGACGCUUUAAGUAGGAAGGUGGUGCAUGUGUCGUCCAUGAUGAUGCGCGAGCGGAGCUUAGUGGAGAGCUUCAGAGAUCUAAGGUUACAGUUUGAGUUAGAACCGAGCAGCAUCAAGUGCUGUAACCUUAGAAUAUCUAGCGAUGUGUUUGACCGGAUUAAGAUGAAGCAACGUGAGGACGAAGAGCUAGUGAAGAUCUUAAGCGCGCUCGGUACGGAUCAAGCUAAAUGGUUCAAUACGGGAACGGACGGCAUGUUGCGUUACAUGGGUAGAACGUGCGUUCCGAAUGAUGGCGAGCUGAAGAGAAUUAUUCUGGAGGAUGGCGGAAUACCAAAGACCUGGCGGAUUACUUCAACAGUUGGAAAUUCCCGAAUGGAAGUGGGAUAG